CGUUCAGUAGCGUUCCUUUUUUCUUUUAACACCUUCUAUUUAAAUUAUAAUUUUGACAAAGUCAAAGUUGCUUUUUAAAUAUACGCCAAUAUUAUAACUACAAGGAAUGCGUUGAACUUACACUUGAGUUUCACACUUAAGUUUAUUUUAUUUGUUGCUGCAACACAAAACACUGGUUACACUUACCCAAAACAAACACCAAACUUUAGAGCCAAGAUGAUGCAUUUGGGAAGGCACCGCAACACCAUGUACCAAGUGGAUGUAGAAUCGGAAACGGAAUCGGAAUCGGAGUCGGAAAUUGAAGAUGUGACGGAGGAAUCUACCAUCCUUCCCUUCGUGGUUAAAUUAUCCAGAACCACGGUGCAUUUGAUCGACUACAAGCUGUUCAUUGCCGCUCGUCGCAUCCAAUCCCACUGGCGUGGCCACCGCGUCCGAAAGCUGCUCCUUCAGCGCUGGAGGGCUGCGAUUACCAUUCAGCGCUGGUGGCGCGGCUUCCGGACUCGGCGCCUCCUGUGGCAACACAUGGAUCGGCGGCUGCAGGACACGCUCCUCGAGCACUACCGCCAGGCGGCCAUCCGCAUCCAGGCUCUGUUCCGCGGCUGGUGGGACAGGCGGUGCAUCCACGACGUGCGAAACCUGCAUCGAAUGCAGACCGCCGCCGCCGAGGACCUGAUCAGCUGCCUGAUCCUCCAGCUGCAUCAGGUGAAGCGGAACGGGUCACUACCGGGGAGCCUCUCGCUGCGGAACACAAACUGCCUUUCGAAAGUCGAGAAGCUGAUGACAACUAUGUUAUUCCGAUUCCACAACAAUCGGGUGCUAUCGAUGGUAGCCACCAGAAUAUCCCUCAAGGAAAGCCAGCGCAGGCACUUUGAAUCCGGCAGGCUCGCCACCCAGAUACCCUAUGCUGGUCCCAACUUCAACGAACUAUGUCCUUUCACCGACGAAGAAAGAGUGGUGGUCAAGGAUAUACCUAAUGAUCAGCGCUACGCCAAAAUUAUCGCCGAGUACGAGGAAUCUCUGUUGGAUGAAAAAUUAAGGGAAACCCAUCGGUGUUCUGAAAAUCGCAAACGGCAAGAGCAGAUAAACAACAUAAUCACUCAAGAAAAGCUUGCGAAACGCAAAUUCUGUGCGGAUGUCAUAGAACGCAUGCGAAGAUGGACAAUUUGGAGUGACGCCAAUGUAAAUAUAACGCCAAAUAUUUUCCACAACCGGGAAAAUAUGCAAGGAUUUUUGAAUAGAGUGGGCCAUCUGCUGAUUGACGACAAACGAUGAAGACUUUGGUGAACUGGGAAGGUCAAACGAAGAAUACCCUAUCAGAUAAAUUCAAAGUUACAGCAUACAUUUUUACACCUCACAGUAAAUACUCAAAUGUUUUAUUAUU